AUGGCCGAUUAUGGCGGUAAUGACACACACCCAAACGUGUUCUCCAAACAAGUUGUACAGAACCUGUACGAUGUUUCAGGAGCAUAUCCUAUAAUACGAGUGGGAGGUAGCACCCAAAACUCUGCCGUAUACUAUCCAAACCAAAGCGAAGCGAUCAUUGCUCCUUUCAGUGCCCCUGAUGCUGACCAGCCAUCGCAUUCGUUCAUCGGGCCGGCCUUUAUGGAGUCAUUCCAGCAACUCCCGCGUGGAACCCGAUACAUAUACGGACUGAACUUCUUCAAGCCGGUGAACGAAUCGCUCUUUAAUGUGGGCGACGGUCUUGCCCAAUGUGUUCUCGAAGCGAACGCUGCAUAUAGGGCGUUGGGUGAGUCUCUUUAUGCUUAUGAGAUUGGGAAUGAAGUCGAUGGAUGGCCUGGCGGUUCGCGACGUUCGGUAAAUUGGACGAUUCAAGACUACGUCACGCAAUGGAAUCAAACGGACUGGAAUGUCCUAAAUGCUGUGCAAGAUGGCAUGCAUAAGAACAAGGCUAAGACCAUUGCAGAUCAUGAUUAUAUGGGUGCAAAUUGUCACUACACGGGCGUUGGCCCUACAAUUGCCACCGCUUUGUUCAACCGCACAAACAUGCUAUCGCGUGUGUGGUACCACGACUAUCUGGGAAAUGCGACAGCUGACUCAGGCAUCGAAUAUGUCAUGGGAGAAACCAACUCAAUUUCCUGCCAAGGAGCCUUGAAUAUCUCAGACGUCAUGGCUGCCGCCGUCUGGUCCGUCGACUAUGUUAUGUAUGUUUCAUCGUUGAAAGUAUCUCGCGUUCACUUCCACAUGGGCACCCGCUACCGUUAUUCAGCCUGGCAACCUAUCGAGUAUAAUGGCACAGCUGCACACGUCAAGCCCUUAUACUAUGGCAAUCUAUUUAACGCGGCUGUUUUUGCCGGCGGCAACAAGCAGACUGAGGUUGCUGUUAACGAAACGAACUUCGGCGCCUAUGCAGUAUAUAAUUCGGGGUCGCUAGAGUCUUUUGUUGCGGUCAAUCUCAACGUGUGGAACUCGACUUUUGAUCCCACCACCAGACCUUACACAGCGUUAACCCUCCCCAAGGGUUGGGACGGCGCGAAGGUGUCGAGACUCACAAGUCCAGGUAUUGAUAUUGCUGAGAAUAUAACGAUUGCGGGGCAGUGGAUAGAUGACGACGGAAAGGUCGUAGGAGAAAAGACUUACGGCAAGGUAGUUGCAGGAAAAGUGUUAGUGGGUGCAGGCGAGGCUGUUUUGAUCCAGCUCCAUUCUUGA